AUGCCUCGCUCCAAGAGAUCCAAGCUCGUUACCCUUGCUCAGACCGACAAAAAAGGUCGUGAGAACAAGACCAGGAUUUUCGACGAAGUCAGAGCUUCCCUGGACGCCCACAGAUACGUCUGGGUUCUCAAAUUGGACGACGUGAGAACCCCUGUUUUGCAAGAUAUCCGCAAAGACUGGACGGGAUCGAAGCUCAUUUUGGGUAAAAGAAAGGUGUUAGAGAAGGCGUUGGGCGAAACCCCUGAGGAAGAAUACAAAGACAAUCUGCAUAAGCUCGGAGAAUACAUUGAAGGACUGAUUGGUUUGUUGUUCACAGAUGAAACUCCAGAGACCGUUAAGGCAUACUUCAGUGCAUACGUGAGAUCUGACUACCCUAGAGCCAAAUCGAAGUCGCCAAUUACUUUCGUGAUUCCCGAGGGAGUCGUUUACUCACGUGGAGGCCAGGUUGCUGAAGAGGAGGAUGUGCCGAUGUCCCACUCGAUGGAGCCAACUUUGCGCAACAAGUUCAAGAUGCCAACCAAGAUUGUGGCUGGAAAAAUCACCCUUCCAGAACCCUACAAGGUGGUCGAGAAGGGAGAUGUGCUGGAUGUUAGACAAGCUUUAAUUUUGAAGACUUUUGGAGUGGCGUGUGCGGACUUCAGAGUCGAGAUGCGCGCUUACCACGAUGGAGAAUCUGGCGAGGUGAUACCAUUGACUUGA